AGAACAUAAAAACGACUUUGAAAGUCACUUCACACACAAUUCCACGACUUCAGCUUCAGUGGUCUCUCUCUCUUCUAGAUACUUUAAAAGGAAAGACUUUCUUUUUGUCUAUCUUCGCAAGUAUCAAAUCAAGAUCUAAACCUGUGCAACUGGGUUUUCUUCUUCUUUCUGGGUUAAGCGCUUCAUUUCAGGUUAGCAUUUUCUCCUGUAAAAUGCCUCAUUUAUGUAAUUUACAAUAACCCAUUAAGCCUUUCGAUUCAGUUCAACCCUUUUAGCACUAGAAAAGGCUUUGUACCAUAUAUAUAUGUAUAGUAUGUUUAUUCAUGUGGAUUAAUUUACCUGUAAGCUGAUAAUAAGUGACAAAAACUUGUAACAAAAGCAUGAAGCCUGCAGCGUUUUUUGUUGUUGUCUCUUGGGCUUUGUUUGGGUUUCUGGGUUUGGGGUUUUCAUCAGCUCCAUCGAUUGCGGUUUCAGAAGCUGAAUUUGAACCUGAUUUCAAAACUGAAUCUUCAGUACCCUAUAACUAUGAUCGAAUUGAUGAUGUGAAAAAAGAGUGUAAAUCUGUGUUAUCUUCUGCUUCUCAAUUGAAACCUGAUGGCAAUAUAGUUUAUAGUAUUCAAAGAGACCUAUAUUUGGAAAAGGGGGAUUGGUUUCAGGUCAAGGGUGAAAACCCAAUAAUGCCGUUUGAUGUCAGAUAUCGAAUUGAGAAGGACUCAACGCUGUUUAACUCUGCAUCAAACCGGGAUGGUGAUCCCUUGAAGUUAGUGUCAUUUCAGGUUAGAGAUGUGAGCCUUGCCCACCGAUCAAAGAAGUCUGUUAGUAUCAGUGGCACUCUGAACUUAGCCAUUACUACAGGUGGUGAGUCUUAUGGGUAUGGUGUGAAUCCCGAGUUUCGAAUUUGGCCGGGGAUUUCUUAUCUCGUUAUUGAAUUCCAAGGGGUUUACACUGAAUCUGAAAAGAACGGUGGGGAAAGAGUAGUUUGUAUGUUGGGGAAUGCGAUGUUGCCAUCUCGAGAAUCGGAGUCUGCUAAUCCGUGGGAAUGGGUGAAUGCUUCUUUACCUUAUAGUAAUGAGCAUCCUCCUUUGUCGCAGGAUGAUAGGAUUAUGCUUGUUCUUCGCUUCCCAAAGAAGUUUAGUUUGACAAGCAGAGCAAUCCAAGGCGAAAUGAGGAGUUUGAAUGCAAAAUCGAACCAAAAGUACUUUGAUGAUGUUCACAUAGUGUCACAGUUGGGGAGAGAAAGUUCAUCAAUCUAUGAAUUCACCUCUGAUAGGCUGGUUUCGAAAGCGUGUGAUCCUUACCCGUAUAACAAAACUGAUAGCUCGUUGUUGAUACCGGGAGUAAGUGUCUACAAGGGGAAUCAGUUUUGUGAUAUUUUUGAAGAGAUCACCUCAAAUCAACCUGUCACUGUUCUGCCAAACUGGAAUUGUAGUGGGAAAGAUGAAUUUUGUAGCAAGUUGGGUCCAUUUGGGAUAAACAAAGAGAUCAACAAAACAGAUGGUGGUUUCAAAGGUGUUGGUCUUUAUAUAAAACUGGUUAAAUGUGUUCAAUCAAAUGGCCCUAGAAAUACCAGUUCAGCAAGACUUUCAAUUGAAUUUAGAGCCUCUCCUCCAUCGGAGAGUCCAUAUACUGCCACCAGGAGAUCAGGGAUUGGAAACUUCACUGUUGCUGCUGAUGGAAUUUGGAAGUCUACCAGUGGGCAGCUUUGCAUGGUUGGUUGCCCUGGAAUCGUUGAUCCUGAAGGGAAUGACUGCGAUUCCCGGAUCUGUUUGUACAUCCCUACCUCAUUUUCUGUAAAGCAAAGAAGCAUUAUGUAUGGGACUUUUUCAAGCAUUAGGACAAACACUCCAUCGUACUUUCCUCUCUCAUUUGAAAAGCUUAUAAACCACCCUUCAGAUCUCUGGAACUACUUCCGAGGCUCACAUCCAUCUUACAGUUACUCAAAAGUUACAAGAGCUGAUGCUAUCUUGGAAAGAAAUGAGGAGUUCAGUCUUCGAACUAUGAUCAAGAAAUCAUUGCUGAAAUACCCAAAACUUGAAGAUGCUGAAGACUAUAAACUUAGUCUUUCUCUUCUCUCAGAAGAUCUCACAUUCCAUACUCCUGCUACCCCAGAUUCAAGUACUCCCAAAACUCGGCUUCAAAGAACAAAUAUUCAGAUGGAUAUUCUCUCAGUUGGCCCCCUAUUUGGGCGCUACUUUUCACGAAAUUCUUCCAACUUCAGCGCUGUUGAAGGGGAGACUGAGACUCCAUACCACACUAAGGCUGAAUACACAGAGAAUCAGCUCCUUUUGAAUGUGUCAGGCCAGCUCACAGUCACUGGAGAGGAGUACAGUAAUAUUUCUGUACUUUUCGUGGAGGGUAUCUAUGACCAACGUGUUGGAAAAAUGUACUUAGUUGGUUGUAGGGAUGUGCGAGCCUCUUGGGAAAUAUUACAUGAAAGCCAGGAUCUUGAAGCCGGGUUGGACUGUUUGAUUGACGUGAUUGUGUCGUAUCCUCCAACAACAUCUCGCUGGUUAGUUAAUCCGCUUGCCAGAAUUUCCAUAACCAGCCAAAGAAAUGAUGAUGACCCUCUUCGUUUCAGUCAAGUCAAGUUCCAAACUUUCCCAAUAACUUACAGGAAGCAGAGGGAAGACCUGCUCUCUAGUAGGGAAAUCGAGGGAAUCCUCAGGAUUGUGACUCUUUCAUUUGCGAUUUCUUGUAUUACAGCACAAUUGUUUCACACUCAGAAGAAUACGGACUCUGUUCCAUACAUGUCUCUUGUCAUGCUUGGGGUCCAAGCAAUUGGGUACAGUAUUCCUCUUGUCACAGGUGCCGAAGCUCUCUUCAAGAAGGCUAGUUCUGAAUCCUACCAAUCGUCAUAUGAUCUUGAAAGCAGCCGAUGGUCACACAUACUUGAUUACACUGUAAAACUUCUUGUCAUGGCCUCGUUGCUACUGACUCUAAGGCUUUGUCAAAAAGUUUGGAAAUCUCGCGUGAGAUUGCUAACACGAGCUCCUCUUGAACCUCAUCGCGUCCCAAGUGACAAGAAGGUUCUUCUGAGUACCAUAGUGAUACAUCUAAUUGGCUACCUACUUGUUCUGAUCCUUCAUAGUACGAGAGGUGACCAAAGAACGAGAAGCUAUGCAUAUAUUGGAGAAAACUCUCAUGUUCUGAGUGAAUGGGAAGCUGAGCUUGAAGAGUAUGUUGGUCUUGUCCAAGACUUUUUCCUCCUUCCACAAGUCAUUGGCAACUUGAUAUGGCAGAUUGAUUGCCAAUCACUUAGAAAGCUGUACUACAUCGGAAUCACUCUGGUUAGACUUCUUCCGCAUCUCUAUGAUUACGUUAGAGGUCCUGACAUUCCUUAUUUCCCUGAAGAGUACGAGUUUGUUGAUCCAAGUAUGGACUUCUACUCGAAGUUUGGAGACGUUGCCAUUGUUGUGAUGGCAAUUGUUCUUGCAGUUUUGGUUUAUGUUCAGCAGAAGUUGAGCUAUGAGAAGCUCAGCCAGAGUCUUACUUUCGGACGGUGCAGGCUUCUUCCAUCUACAUCAAGAAUAUACGAGAGGCUGCCUUCAAGUUCCAAGGCAUUCGAAGCAGAGCUUACUUCUGGUGUUAAUGGUGUUAAUGAUGCUAAUGAGAAAGACCACGAUUUGGAAUGAGUUUGCUUUCUUUCAAAACUAUAGAGUUGUAAAAAUAUAAAGGUAGGCGUUAAUUUGGAAAUGGAUGCUUCUUGUUACUUUGAGAUGUUGGCAUUUAAUAAAAGCGAGAGCCAAAGUAAGGCCACUGCUUCUGGUUUUUGUAUAUUUUUAUCUGAUAUGUUGUUGAUAAUCGUUGUUGUUACAAAGGUAAAGUAGGUGAAUGAGUUCUACAAGCAUGAACUUCAAAACCUCAUAAAGUUAUUAACAUCAGGUCUAUGACAUUGUUGCUUUUUAUA